AUGUUUUUGAUUGCCCACCUACCAUCUGUACUUAUGUUUCUGUGAACUGUUAAUUUAUAUGUUUAUCAGUGCCCUUGAUCCAGUGACUUCAUAGAUGACUGUGUUGUCUUAGUUAUUUUCUGCUUCUAUACUAUUGCCAAUCUAUCCCUCUCCACUGAUUACUUCUUUUUUGUCCCCAAAUAUACUGGAGUUUACCCUAGAUAAAAAGGCCUUUAUAGUUACUAUUCUAUUUCAUCCUUUAAUCUCUACACUUAAAUAGCUUAAUAUGUACAGUUAUAUAAUUUUAACUUCUACCCUUAUGACCUAUGCUGCUGAUUCCGUUUUAGAGCAUGCAAGGAUGGUUCUAGAUGCAGAGAAUAUAGGAAUGAACAAAAUAGACAAAAGUUCUUGCACUUAGGAAGCUUACAUUUUAGAAAGGGAACGGUAAGUAAAAUUCAUAGUAUGGCAGUUGGCCUUAAAUAGGUUGUACAGGGAAGGCUUCACUGAGAAGGUGAUUUGGGGGGAGAGAUAUAAAGGAAGGAAAAGGAGUAAGCCAGGCAGCUACCUGGGGGCAGGGACUUCAGUCAAAGAAUACAAGUUCAAAGGCCCUGAGGCAGGAGCAUUCUUAGUAUGUUAGAAAAGGUAGAGGUUUUUGUGUUUGGAGCAGUUUGAGUGAAGAGAGAGAGAAGAAUCAGGUAGGGUCAGAGAAUAUUAGGAUAUAUUAGGGCUCUCCAGAGAAAGAAGAGUUGAUGUUGUAGUCUUGAGUCCAAAAAAUAGAAACUUGGGCAAAAUUUCUGUGUUGCAGUCUGGAGGCAGAAUUCCUUCUUGAGGAACUAGUGGUCUUUCGUCAUAAGGCCUUCAGCUGAUUAGAUGGAGGCCACUCACAUUAUGUAGGGAAAUCUGCUUUACUCUAAGUCGACUGAUUAUAAAUGUUAAUCACUUCUAAAAAAUACAUUUAAGCAACAUUUAGAUUAGCCCAAAUAAUUGGGCACUGUUGUAUAGCCAGGUUGACACAUAAAAUUAACCAUUACAGUAGAGGAGUUCAGAUUAAGAAAAGCUUUGAACACUGUUGCAAGAACUUUAACUUUGAGUGAGAUAGGAAGUCAUUGUAAUAUUUUGAGCAAAGAAGUGCUAUGAUCUAUUUUAAAACAGUCACUUUGGCUGCUGUGGUAAGUAUAGAUGAUGAAGGGUUAGAGGCCAAUUAAGAGGCUAUAAUAUCCAAGCCAACAAAUGAUAGCACCUUAAACUGGGGUCAUAACAGUGGGGGUGGCAAAAAUCAGAUACUCUGAAGAUAGAGUGUAAAAGUUUUGAUUUUUAAAAGUUGGAGUUGGGAUGUGAGAGAAGAGUCAGUAAUAAUUCUAAUUCUAAUUCUAGGCCUGUGCAACCACAAGAAAGGAAUUACCAUUUACUGAGAUUGUGAAUACAAUCAAAUUGCAUUUUAAAAUUUUGCUGAAAGUGGAGACAUGAGACUGAAGAUAUCUCUUUUAAAAGAACCAAAACAUCAAGAAUUAGUAAGCUGUGUGGGCUGGACUACGGCUGAAGAACUGUAUUCAUGUAGUGAUGAUCACCAGAUAGUGAAGUGGAACUUGUUAACCAGUGAAACAAGUCAAAUAGUAAAGCUUCCUGAUGAUAUUUACCCAAUAGAUCUUCACUGGUUUCCAAAAAGUUUAGGCAUAAAGAAACAAACUCAAGCAGAAAGCUUUGUCCUCACAAGUUCUGAUGGUAAAUUUCAUCUGAUUUCUAAGUUAGGAAGAGUGGAAAAAAGUGUAGAAGCUCACUGUGGAGCAGUUCUUGCAGGAAGAUGGAAUUAUGAAGGAACAGCAUUAGUUACAGUUGGAGAAGAUGGACAAAUAAAAAUCUGGUCAAAGACUGGGAUGCUGAGAUCAACUUUAGCUCAGCAAGGAACACCAGUAUAUUCAGUAGCAUGGGGCCCUGAUUCAGAAAAAGUUCUUUACACGGCAGGCAAGCAGCUGAUCAUUAAACCUCUUCAACCAAAUGCUAAAGUUUUACAGUGGAAAGCUCAUGAUGGCAUUAUUCUAAAAGUAGAUUGGAACUCUGUCAAUGAUCUGAUUUUGUCUGCUGGUGAGGAUUGUAAAUAUAAGGUAUGGGAUAGUUAUGGCCGCCCUUUGUACAAUUCACAACCUCACGAGCAUCCUAUUACCUCAGUUGCCUGGGCUCCAGAUGGAGAGUUAUUUGCUGUUGGAUCGUUUCAUACUUUACGCUUGUGUGAUAAAACUGGGUGGUCAUAUGCCUUAGAAAAGCCCAACACUGGCAGCAUAUUUAACAUCGCAUGGUCAAUUGAUGGCACUCAGAUUGCUGGAGCCUGUGGAAAUGGGCAUGUUGUUUUUGCACAUGUGGUGGAACAACGCUGGGAGUGGAAAAAUUUUCAAGUAACAUUAACUAAACGAAGAACCAUGCAGGUUCGCAAUGUUCUUAAUGAUGCAGUGGAUUUACUGGAAUUCCGUGAUAGAGUCAUUAAAGCAUCUUUGAACUACGCACACUUAGUUGUUUCAACGUCUCUUCAGUGUUAUGUGUUCUCUACGAAGAACUGGAAUACGCCACUUAUAUUUGAUCUUAAAGAAGGAACUGUUAGUUUAAUUCUGCAGGCAGAAAGACAUUUUCUUCUUGUAGAUGGUGGUGGUAUCUAUUUAUAUUCUUAUGAAGGCCGCUUCAUUUCUUCUCCAAAAUUUCCUGGAAUGAGAACAGAUAUUCUGAAUGCACAGACUGUGUCUCUGAGUAAUGAUACCAUUGCAAUAAAAGACAAAGCUGAUGAAAAAAUAAUCUUCCUUUUUGAGGCAUCAACUGGAAAACCAUUAGGCGAUGGGAAACUUCUUUCUCAUAAGAAUGAAAUUUUGGAAAUUGCUCUGGAUCAAAAGGGACUUACCAAUGAUAGAAAAAUUGCCUUCAUUGAUAAAAAUAGAGAUCUCUAUAUCACUUCAGUGAAACGAUUUGGGAAGGAAGAACAAAUUAUCAAACUUGGAACAAUGGUGCAUACUUUGGCCUGGAGUGAUACAUGUAAUAUCCUUUGUGGACUUCAAGAUACUCGAUUUACAGUGUGGUAUUACCCCAAUACGGUUUAUGUGGACAGAGACAUUUUGCCUAAAACAUUAUUUGAAAGGGAUGCAAGUGAAUUUAGUAAAAAUCCCCAUAUUGUGAGUUUUGUUGGAAAUCAAGUAACUAUAAGAAGAGCUGAUGGCUCACUGGUUCACAUCAGCAUAUCACCAUAUCCUGCUAUUCUCCAUGAAUAUGUAAGCAGUUCAAAAUGGGAAGAUGCUGUAAGACUUUGUCGCUUUGUUAAGGAGCAAACCAUGUGGGCUUGCCUAGCUGCUAUGGCAGUUGCUAACAGAGAUAUGACCACUGCAGAAAUAGCCUACGCAGCAAUUGGUGAAAUUGAUAAGGUUCAGUACAUUAAUUCUAUAAAAGAGCUUCCAUCUAAAGAAUCAAAAAUGGCUCACAUAUUAAUGCUUAGUGGGAAUAUACAGGAGGCUGAAAUGAUACUUCUUCAGGCUGGCCUUGUUUAUCAAGCAAUCCAGAUCAAUAUCAAUCUCUAUAACUGGGAAAGGGCACUUGAAUUGGCUGUAAAAUACAAAACACAUGUUGAUACAGUUCUUGCUUACCGUCAAAAGUUUUUGGAGACAUUUGGUAAACAGGAAACUAAUAAACGAUAUUUGCAGUAUGCAGAAGGUCUCCAAAUAGAUUGGGAGAAAGUCAGAGCCAAAAUUGAGAUGGAAAUUACUAAAGAACGAGAGCGAUCAUCCAGCAGCCAGUCCGGCAAGAAUAUAGGUCUAAGGCACUAAAUUUCUUGCUUACCUCGAAGAAGUUUUACCUUUUGAAACUAAUUCUGAUUAAUCAAGGAUUAUCAUAUUUUCAGUGCUAAAAAAAAGGCAGUAUCUUUAAGUAUAAGCACUUGCUAUGCAAUACUAAAAGUACAUUCAAAAAGACUAAUCACAAAGUAAUUGACAUAAUUUCAUCUUUUAUAUAUUUUAGUCCAAUAAUUAGCAAAAUAUUCUUAUAUAUUUAUGUAGUGUUGCUUACAUUCCAGUUUUUUGUCUAUUAUUUUAUCCGUGAGUCUUCAGCAUGAACAAAUAUUAAUUCUGAUAAUAAAACAUUGGACUCUUAAAAA